GCGUUUGCUGCUGCGAGCGAGAGAGCGAGCGCUGACGACGACGACGGACGCUCUGGGCUCGAGCUAUUUUCUUUUUCGGCCGAAGACGAUCGGUUGCCGAUUCUUGACAGCGACGGGCGGGCGAGUACCGACGACAGCGGCGAAACUGGGCUCCCGAUUGCUGAGCAGGCAGGAAGGGCACGCAUCGCAUCCGUCGUGCGUCGGAGGCCGCGGGGAGUCGUCUGCCGAUCAAGACCGGAGGAGAUCGCGCUCCGGCGUUGAGGUUUGGGGUCGGUGCGGGGGAUUCUGUUGCGAAUUGAGGGUGUGGGGCGGGAGGAUUGUGGUGCUUGGCGAUUUUGUGCGUUUAGGUGUUGGCAGGGAUUUGGGCGAGAUCUUUAAAUUUUGUGGUGCGGGGAGAGGAGGGAGGAGGAUUUCGGCGUCGAUGAUGACGGGAAUAAUUGCGUAGUUUGAGCAGGAGGUCGUCGGAGGGAGCAGAUUUGGCUCCCCUGCCGGAAGAUUCUUUCGUGUCUCUCCAUUCGGGGAGGAUUAGAAAUGGAGGUCGAGAUAAAGCAAGCUGAGCUUGUGGAGCAGUUUGUUGUUUUGGCAAGAAGCGCCAGAGGAAGGGCAGCUGCGGAGCUUAUCACGCAUGCCACCUCGCACCCGUCCCUGUUUGCAUUUUCGGAGCUUCUCUCACUGCCCCAUAUUCUUGAGCUACAAGGCACAGAACAUGCUGGUUCGUUGGAACUUCUUCGCCUCUUCGCUCAUGGCACAUGGACAGAAUACAAAAAUAAUAUCCAUGAACUUCCACCUCUUCAACCUCAACAGGAGCUUAAGCUUAAGCAGCUAACGGUGAUGACCCUAGCUGAAACAGCAAAGGUAUUGCAAUAUGAUCUGUUAAUGCAACAACUGGAUGUUUCCAAUGUUCGAGAGUUGGAAGACCUUUUGAUCAACGACUGCAUGUACGCAGGGAUUGUGCGAGGUAAAUUGGAUCAACGCAGACGCUGCUUUGAGGUUCAGUUUGCAGCUGGAAGAGAUCUGAGACCAGGGCAACUAGAAAACAUGAUAUCCACAUUGGCAACCUGGCUGGGUAAUACUGAAAAUUUGUUGCUGACCAUUCAAGAGAAAAUCAAGUGGGCAGACAGCAUGAGUGACAUAGACAGAAAACACAAGAAGGAGGUGGAAGACAAGGCUGAGGAGUUGCGAAAGUCCAUUAAGGCCGAGAUGGAAUUGCGGGGACAACAAGAUGUGGGUUAUACAGAAAGUGGGGCUUUGGUCAUGGAUUAUGUUGAAGAAGACCGGAGUCGACCCAAAAGGAACCGUGGCUUGCAAUUCAUUAAAGCUUAAGAAAUCAAGCAGAGUCAAUUCUCAAGGCCGUAGUCCUCUCAAUGAGCCACUGUGGUCUUUCAGCUGAAGUUUUGAAGUCCCACUUGUUCCAAGUUUUUGCGAAGCACGAUUGAGAUUGAGCCUAUUGUAGAAAGGAGAAGACCCGUCACUCUAUUUUGAAGUUAGUCCCCGGCCCCAACCAAGAGCCCUAAUUCUAAAUGCCGCCGUGUCUACUCGCUGCGCCGUUGAAGGAAUCUUCAUUUGCAGUGGAGAAGAAGGCGGUAGGGAAACAGCACCGGUUGGUCGUUAAGGGUAGAUCAGACAUCACUCCAAUUUUUUGGGGGGCUUAGACGGGAUAUCUCUCUUUUCCUUUUCCACUUUCUCUUUUUCUCAUAUGCGGCAAACAAAUCUUUGCUGAUUGGAUUGACCCCCAAUGCCUGCUUGUGCGGCGUGAUUUAGUAGGAGUGUAGAGACAGACAGACAGACACAGAUUAGUCAAGAAGUGGUAGAAAUAAGCAUAUUCUAUUCAGUUUGAGAACGUAGAAGAAGAACCAGAACAAGACAAGACUUCGUUGGUGGUGUUUGAGGGAGUCGGUGGUGUUGAUCGUUCGUGGCCGAUGGAUGAUAGAUGGAGCCCGCCUGCCUUCUCUUGUAGUGAGAUUCUGAGGACUACUCAUACCCCCGGUGCGGCUAGCCGUCUGUAUGGUGUGUUCCGAACGGAUGUUGGCAUGAGUGGUUGAACAAGGUAACACGAGCUGUGUAUGCUACAUUGGCUAAUGUCAAAGCUCACCAUGGUUGAGUUGUACAUUGAAAUUUUGAACCUCGUGUGCCUGAUUUGAACGAGUAAUUCAUGUGCAAUCUAUCUUGUAGGUUGCAUUCGUGUAUUCUGGCAGAC